GUGGAACUGGAGCAUCCGCUACCUGCUAGGCCGCCGACUGCCGUGGUGUCCCGGCGCAGUGCAGAGCUUCUCCCAGCGGUGCUGCUAGUACGAGCGUCGGCUGGGCUCUCGUCCGCCAAGCACAGGUUUCCUAAGAGAAAGUAAAAAAUGGAGGCAUCUGUAAACCAAGUGCAACCACUGAACGAGAAGCAGAUAAACAAUUCCGAAGAUGGCUGUGUGUGGCAAGUCACUGAUAUGACUCGACUACAGCGGUUCUUAUGUUUCGGUUCUGAAGGUGGAACUUACUAUAUCAAAGAACAGAAGCUGGGCCUUGAAAAUGCUGAAGCUCUGAUGAGGUUGAUCGAAGAAGGCAGAGGGUGUGAAGUGAUACAGGAAAUAAAGUUGUUCAGUCGAGAAGGCAGAACCGCAAAGGCAGAGCCAAUGCUCUUCGCACUUGCCGUUUGUUCCCAGUGUUCCGACAUAAGCACAAAACAAGCAGCAUUUAAAGCUGUUUCUGAAAUCUGUCGUGUUCCUACCCAUCUCUUUACUUUUAUUCAGUUUAAGAAGGAUCUUAAGGAAAGCAUGAAAUGUGGAAUGUGGGGUCGUGCGCUCCGGAAGGCUGUUGCUGACUGGUACAAUGAAAAAGGUGGCAUGGCCCUUGCUCUGGCAGUUACAAAAUAUAAACAAAGAAAUGGCUGGUCUCACAAAGAUUUGUUAAGAUUGUCACACCUUAAACCUUCCACUGAAGGACUUUCCAUUGUGACCAAAUAUAUUACAAAGGGCUGGAAAGAGGUGCAUGAAUUGUACAAGGAAAAGGCACUUUCUGUGGAGAGUGAGAAAUUAUUAAAGUAUCUGGAAGCUGUAGAGAAGGUAAAGCGAACAAAAGAUGAACUGGAAGUUAUUCAUCUGAUAGAAGAGCAUAGAUUAGUGAGAGAACAUCUUCUAACAAAUCACUUGAAGUCUAAGGAGGUAUGGAAGGCUUUGUUGCAAGAAAUGCCUCUUACAGCAUUACUAAGGAAUCUGGGAAAGAUGACUGCUAAUUCGGUGCUUGAACCUGGAAGUUCAGAAGUAUCUUUAGUAUGUGAAAAAUUGUGUAAUGAUAAGCUGUUAAAAAAGGCUCGUAUACAUCCAUUUCAUGUUUUGCUUGCGCGAGAAACGUACAAAACAGGGCAUGGGCUCAGAGGAAAACUGAAGUGGUGCCCUGAUAAUGAGAUUUUUAAGGCAUUAGAUGAAGCUUUUUACAAAACAUUUAAGACAGUUGAACCAACUGGAAAGCGUUUCUUGCUGGCUGUUGAUGUCAGUGCUUCCAUGAACCAAAGAGUUUUGGGCAGUGUACUGAAUGCUAGUGCCGUUGCUGCAGCAAUGUGUAUGAUUGUCACACGGACAGAAAAAGAGUCUCACGUAGUAGCUUUUUCAGAUGAAAUGGUACGAUGUCUAGUCACUCCAGAUAUGACUUUACAAGAGGUUUUAAUAGCUAUGAAUCAGAUCCCAGCAGGUGAAACAGAUUGUGCUCUUCCAAUGAUCUGGGCUCAGAAAACAAACACAGCUGCUGAUGUCUUCAUUGUAUUCACUGAUAAUGAGACCUUAAUUGGAAAUGUUCAUCCUGCUGCUGCUCUAAGGGAAUAUAGAAAGAAAAUGGGUAUUCCGGCCAAAUUAAUUGUUUGUGGAAUGACAGACAAUGGUUUCACCAUUGCAGAUCCAGAUGAUCGAGGCAUGUUGGAUAUGUGUGGCUUUGAUACUGGAGCUCUGGAUGUAAUUCGAAAUUUCACACUAGAUGUGAUUUAACCAUAACCACCAGCAUGAUCUUACUGAAAAUACACACCUACUUCCCAGCGACUCUUAAUCCUCUGAAAGAUGAUGUAACGUGUGAUGGAAAGUACUUUACCCAAAAAAAAACAAACAAGGAAAAGAAGAAAAAAAUUAGGAUGAGUCCAAACUUUUUUCCUAACAAACUAUCACUUGGGAGAAACAGUAGAAUAGUUAUUUCUUUGGGGAAUAAUAACAUUUGUAAAAGUGAGAGCCAAAAGUAUAAUAAGUAGAUUAUGUAUCAUGACACUUUAACAGCUUGUGUGAAAAGUUUUCUUAAAUGUUUUCAUUGGGAAGGGGCAACUUUGAUAAUUUCCAAAUACUCUGAAAUGCACUAGACCAUGUAACUGUGAUGGAACAUGAAAAUCAUCUGUAAACUUUUAUACUGAAGAGGGAACAUUUGAUUAAACUUUGAAUGCGUUUUUACCAGUUUUCAGAGUCUUCUAAUACAUAACAACUUUCUUAUUUAAUGAAAAAGAUACUUCUGAUGAAAAGAGACUGCAAAGUUUGUGCCUAAGAAGUUCAUUUGAUUUGGUGUUUUUGUUUUAUUGUCUUGAGUGAAGGGUGUCGCUUGAUAGUAUACUUCUAUAAAUUAUAAAAUGAUAUGUGUACUCUUGUCUUCUUUUUUCAUACACUUAGAUGAAACCAUAAUUUAAGCAUUUACCUCCCCUAUUAAAAGUAUAAUAAUUAAAAUUUCAAAUGUAACCAGAUUAGCUGUUUCCUUACUUUAAAAAAAUUUUUUGGUUUUUUCAGCCCAUUACAAAUUGGUUUUAGAUAUUUUUUCAUUGUAAAAAUGUCAGUGGCCUCCCUCCUUUUUUGUCCAAUAAUCAUUUUGUGGCAAUCAUCUUUUUAACAGUUCAAAAUAUAUUUGAUUUUGUAAAAUAUAUGUAACUCAACAUUUGCCAGGUCAACGCUUUUUGCAUAUGUAAUUCUGGCAUUGAUGACAUAAGUUGAUGUUCUUUUUUGGUAGUGGAAUAAAUUAAGCAAGCUAUGUCCUUUGGGUUUAAAAGGCAAUUUUUGAAUGACAUAUUAGCACCAAACUAGUCUUUAAGAAUUUUUCUUUUUUUCUAUGUUAAUUUCUGUACAUUGAGUUUCCUUUUCAUUACAAUAAAUACAUUAUUUACAUGAACAAGUAUCUCGUCAUAAGUCUAAUAUUAAAGCAAUAAAAUCUCAAUUUUACCAUGAUUGUCAAAGAUAGGUUAUAUCAUAAGAUUUUUAUUUGUAUUCGUUGUUCUUUAGAUAUCAAGGACUUAAUUAUGAGUUUUAUAAAGCCCUUAACAUAUUUGAAAAAUCCAACUAAUAAAUGUAAGUUAACAGCCUUUCAAUAUAUUUAGGUGUUAGAGGUUUUAUGAUUUGGGGUGAAGGGGGACUUUGGUGUAAUAUUGGAGUUUGUGUGGGUGUUUUCUUCUAUAUCUUGAAAUAUGGGCUCCAAGAAUGAUAGGAAAAUGUUCCUUUCAGAACCCUAGCUGACUGGAAUGUUGUCUCUGCAUAACUAACAUUGCAGUUUCUCAAUGGGCUCUUUUUUCAGCAAGACUAGUAAUAGGGAAAAAAUGCAUUGUUUUUCCUCAUUAUUGUCAGUUACAUGGUGGCUUUGGAAAUUAUUGUUUUUAACCCUAUAUGAAGCAUUGAAUUUAACAUGCUAACUUCUUUUGAUAUAUUAAAAUAAGUUUUUGUUUGAAUCUUAAGUGCAAAGACCCUAAUUGAAUUGUGUAAUAGCUCUUGAAUUCUUUAAGUAGUCUUUAAAUUCAAAAUUAUAAUAUGAUUGAUAUUUUAUUCGUAAUAAAAAUGUUAAAUGGACAA